AUGUCGUUGGGCUACGCGGACCGCCUGUCCUUCCGGGAGGACCUGGGAGGCAGGCUGGGGGCGCCCGAGCUUUUUGAUGACGCAGCGCGCGUGGCCGAUGAGGUCGAGCGGCUGGCGGAGAUGGUGCGGUGCGCAGAGCGCGUGGUCGCGUUCACGGGCGCCGGCAUAUCCACGGCCUGCGGCAUACCCGACUUCAGAGGCCCCGGCGGCGUGUGGACGCUGCAGCGCGCGGGCAAGCCGCCGCCGCGGCUGCAGACCAGCUUCGUUUACGCCAAGCCCAGCCUCACGCACAUGGCCCUGGUGGCCCUCAUGCAGGCCGGCAAGCUGACUUACAUAUGCUCCCAAAACGUGGACGGCCUGCACCUGCGCAGCGGGGUGCCCCGCGCCCAGCUCGCGGAGCUGCACGGAAACUGCUUCGCGGAGCGCUGCCGGCGCUGCGGGGCCGAGUACGUCCGAGACUUCGAGAUGGACACGGUGGGGUUCAAGCCGUCGGGGCGCGGCUGCACACGGCCGGGCUGCAGGGGGAAGCUUCAUGACCACAUCUUGGACUGGGAGGACGCCUUGCCGGAUGACGAGCUCGAUGAGACGGAGCGGCGCGCUGACGAGGCGGACCUGUCCAUCUGCCUGGGCACCAGCCUGCAGAUCGUGCCCGCAGCCAACCUGCCCCUGCGCACCCUCAAGACAGGCGGCCAGCUGGCCAUCAUCAACCUGCAGGCGACCCCGAAGGACCGCCGUGCCACGCUGGUGGUGCACGCCAGGGUGGACGGCGUGAUGGCGCUGCUGCUGCGGCGGCUGGGGCUGGGUGUGCCUCGGUACACGCGCUCAGACGCCGUGGUGGUGGGCCACAGGGCCUGGAAGGACAGGCGGGCGUUUGAGGAGGCGGGCGGCGAGGAGGAGGACGCGCAGCAGCAGCAGCAGCAGCAGGAUCUGGACCAGCAGCAGAAGCCGCAGCAGGAGCACCAGCAGGAAAAGCAGCUGCAGGAAAAGCAGCUGCAGGAGCAGCAGCAGCAGGAAGAGCAGCAGCAGGGAAAGCAGCAGCAGCAGGACGGGCACAGCAAUGGCUGGGGCUUCACCCUCACUUUGUCGAGCGUGCACGGCGCCGAAUGCCCGCUGCCGAUGGUGCGGGCUGCUGAGGUGGCGUUCCCGGGCACGCCCGGCCUGCGGCCCGCGCGGCUGGAGGGAGGCGCACCGCUCACCGUGCGGCGGUGGGUGGGAGGGGGGGAGGGCCGCGGCGUUGUCGUGGCGAGGGUGCGGCUGCUGCUGGUGGAUGCUGCUGACGAGGACAAGCGGGUCGUGGAGUUUGACUACACUUUGACCCCCGCCCGGACAGCCGUGCCCCAGACCAUCACAUUUGAGACGCAGCGCCAUGACUACUCGGAUCAGCAGCAGCGCCUCUGCGGUGAGCUUGAGGCCUCCGCCGCGGCGGCCAGGGCGGCGGCGGCGGCGGGGGCAGGCGGCGGUGGCGUGGGCAGGGGCGGCGGCGCGCGGGCGAAGGGGCGCCCCCGGGCCGCGGGCAGCGGGGCGGGCGCGCGGUACGAGGAACGGGAGGUGGAGGGGCGGGAGGUGGAGGAGGAAUUGGAGGACGGCGGCGGCGGCGGUGCUGCAGCGGGCGACGGGGCCGGCCGCGGCACGGGCGCGGGCGCCGGCGGCACUGGGCGGGCCCGGAAGAAAGCCAGGCGCCUGAACCUGUAG